AACUACAAUCGCUAUCGAUAUCGAUAGACCCAAGCCUUUGCUGUUGUUUACAAUUUAAAUAAUUUGAAUAAAUUACGCUUUUCACCCGCGAUAACUGAAAUGUGGCCUCCGGGGAGCGACGAUAGCUACUCCGGCAACAUGGACUACGGCAAGAACGUGGUGAACAUCCUGCCCAGCGUGGAGAUGCUGGUGAGCUUCAAUGGCGACAUGACGCGUUCCAAUAAGCGGGCUUGUUUACUGUACGCGGAGCGGAUGGAUUUCAAGGAGCUGCUGCAACUCCGUUUGGUGGAAAAGUCAGAUCAGCGGCGCAUGUACAUAACCACCGUGGACGGCGCCUCCUUUCAGGAGCUCAAACAGGAUCAGUCGCUGAAUGUGACCUUCUCGGGGUUUCUGGACAAUGUAGUGCGCAUGCUGAAGGACUGCCAGUCGGGCAAACUGGAGCUCCACCUGUCUGGCAGAGAUCAGAACAUCUCCUCCGGCCGAGAAACACACGACUACCAUCUGCAAUUUGUGGAAAUAAGGUCCUUCAAGAACCUGGUUCACCUCAGCCUGCCCUGCCGCUCCGCUCCCCUGAACACCGUGCUAUUCUACAUAAACAAAAUGCUAGAUGCCUCCCAAAAAAAGCAAUUUAUGCUGGAGCAGAGUAUCCCAAUGCAGGUGGAAAUCAACUCACAACGCGUGCACACGGAGAGAUUGGGCACCGAGAACAAAAACCUCAGGGAAGCCAUAGCUGAUAACACUCGCAUGUUGGAGGAGAAGCAUGCCGCCGAAAUCCAGCAGUACCAGGAUAAAUUGGCCAAGGUAAACGAGCAGCGCGGCAAUGAGCUGGAGCGGAAUCGUAGAGCGAUCUCUGGCCUGCAGGCGCAAAUUGAAAAGGCUUCCCUGGAGAAAGCUGACCUCAAGUCAGCACAAGAGCAGGCCGAGCAGCGAUGUCAAACACUGGGAGAGGAGCUAUCCUGUUGCAAGUCGCGAGUGUGCACCUUGAAGGAGCAGAAUGACAAACUGCAAGGGGAGCUAGCCAAUGCCAGAAAGCAGGAGCGCAAGUUGGAGUACAAGAUUGAGGAUCUUAAGCAGCACACAGCCGAACUGCAGGAGCACAUACAAAAGGGCAAUAAGGAGAAGGCCAACCUAUCCGCUGAACUGGAGGCGGAGAAGAAAAUUUUGCACACCAAGCGACAGGCCUUGGAAAUGGCCUCUGAGGAAAUCUCCAAGGCCAACCAGAUAAUCCUCAAGCAGAGCCAGGAGCUGCUCAACCACAAGAAGACCAUUGCCUGGCGCACCGAGGUGGCUCUGCAGCAGGAAAAGGCCGUCCAGGCCAAGGACAGUCUGCUAACCCUGCGCGAGGAUGAACUGCGUGAGGCACGUAUAACCAUAGAAAAACUGCGCGAGGAAAUCCCCCAGCAACUGCAAUCUAUGAGAAACUUUGCUCAGAGCUUAGAGCAGAAGUAUUCCAAACAGAUCCUCAUCCUAAAAGAAAGGUUAUCUAUUCCCACUGGAAAGGAAAAUCGUAGAUAGUUCAACUUAUUGUUAGUGCAUUUCUCGUUUUUGUACAAGUUUAGUAAAGUUAGUUGUAUUGUUCGGCUCUAGUCAUAA